UGGGUCGAAAAAAGGGAUUUCCUAGUUCCAUGUUUGAUGCAGAUCCCUCUCGAUUUCUUCAUCUUCACCUUGCGUCCAAUAAUCGAACCCUGAAGGUUUCUUCUUUUUUCGUUUUUGCGGCUUGGGUUGAAGAUGGGUAAAUGGAUAUGGGUUGGAUUUUUUGUUCUGAUGGUUGGGUGUGGAGAUGUACAAGUCGAAGGAGUUCAGAUGAGGAGGAGAUGUUGGAAAAAAAUUUAAAUUGCUUGUGUUGUUUGUUUGAUGCCAUUGAAGAACAAAGGUUUGUGAAGGAUGGUGAUAAUCAUCAUGAAGAAUAAGAAAUUGGCUUGUAUAAUUACAAUAGUGUCAUUCUAAGGCUUAAUUCGCUUUUUUGUUCAACUUGCUGGGUAUGGCCGUAUAGGUGCUUCAACUUUGUUGGGGUUGUUGCUUUCAUUUUUGGGGUUAUCUGGGUUAGGAUUUCGCUGGGUUGAAGAAUGAAGAGGGGUAGAUGAAUCUGUUGGUUUUGGUUUUUUAUUUAUAAUGUUUUUUUUUUCUGGGUAAAAGGUUGUAUAACAUGAAGAAGAAGAUGAAAAUCAUGGGGGAGAUGAAGAUGAUAGAAUUUUGGGUCUUUUAAACAAUCUAAUUCAUAAAUUAAUUAAACAAGAUCUAGAUUUUUAAAGUUAUUUUCAUUUAAGAACUUUUCUUCUUGUCCAAGUGUGCGUGUGUUUUUUAUUUUUAUUUUUUCCUGGGUUUUUGGUUGUAUGCAAUGAAGAAGGAGAUGAAGAUCAUGGGGAGAAGAUGAAGAUGAUAUAUUUCUGGGUUUUACAUUUUCCAUGUCAUAAGUUAGUGGCCACUAGGAGAGAGAAACGUUAGAAAACUAACGAAAUGGACACUCCGGACUAAAGUUGCUAACAGAGCAUAACGUGGGGGAACUUCCAUGCAAUAAAAUUUUGUUAGAGAUCAGAAUCGUGGCUUUUAUAAUCGUGGGGGAUCAAAAGUGCAAUUAAGCCAAUAUUUUAUUUGUCCAAAUUGGAGACGACCGUGUCGACACAAAAGGAUAAAAAUCUAUUACCUAAAGUAGACAAAAUUACACGUGUUGAGAGACUAGCUUCUGUAUUGCAUCAUGCCUUAUGAACAUUCUUUUCCAAAUCAUUUUAUUUAACUGGCAUUUAAAUUCUAGACACUCACCCAUUAUUGUGACACAAAAAUUAUAAUCACUGCACUAAUUAGAUCUGACAUGAGUAAUCUGUGUAACUUGUUCAAGUAGAGAGAGCACCAUUCCACAUUCAAGGGAGACCCAGCAAGCGGAGGCAGAGAGCAAUCAAUCACCUACGGUUACAGGGGCAGUCACCUAAUCUCUUUUAACUGAACCUUCCAAAGGAUUGAGUAACAGAUAACCUCUUUGUUAUGGAGGAUUUGAUUGGACCCAGAUUGUACAGUUGCUUUAAUUGUAGAAACCAUGUUGCUCUUCAUGAUGAUGUGAUAUCAAAAGCCUUUCAGGGAAGAAAUGGACGUGCUUUUCUGUUCUCCCAUGCAAUGAACAUAAAAGUAGGGCCAAAAGAAGACAGGCAACUCAUGACUGGUCUCCACACAAUUGCUGAGGUCUAUUGUUGUGAUUGCCAGCAAGUGCUUGGUUGGAAGUAUGAACGUGCCUAUGAGGAGGCACAGAAGUACAAGGAAGGAAAGUUCAUACUUGAAAAGUCUAAAAUUGCCACUGAAAACUGGUAGUGGUAGCAAAGCAGCCACAUACUAGUCUUAUAAGUGCGUGUUCGGAUACCAGCCUAACCUCGUGAAAACAGAUUACCCAAUUUAUAAAAAGAGUUUCAUUCAAUUUUUACUUCGAAGUGAAUGUCAAAGCUCAUUUGCCGUGACGCUAAUGGGUAUCCAAGUAUACCCUAAGUCAUCCAAAUUUGCGUCCUGCGUUGGUGUAUUUGCUCAACUUGUUCAAUUUAAA